AUGCCAACGGUAUCUACUGUGGGUGGUUGGGCGGUUGUGAUUCUUUCCGGAGUUACCUACUAUUACUGGACAAACCAAAGAAAGAGCAAGAACAAACGAGCACUACCAAAGCAAGCGGGCAGGGAAGCUGAAAACCACAAAGACAAAAAGGAAAAGCGAGGUCGGAAGGAUGGCAACAACAGUGGUGGUGAUUCUGAGGUGAAAUCUCAGAAAGAGAGAAAGAAGGUGAAGCCGUUUGUCAACGAUGAACAAGCAUUCACAAGCACAGCGAAGGGUACAAACGGAGAUGAUGAGAGCAUUAACAACCGAGAAUUUGCUCGACAAAUGUCGAAUGCGAAGACGGGCACCCUCGCUGUUGCUAGGUCGCAGGCGGCUUUGAAGCCAAAAUCAGUGAAGCAAACUCAAGCUAAGGAGAAAGCAUUUGCGGAGACAAGCUCAGACAACGCAACAGCUCCGUCUUCAACCACUGGUGGAGACGCAGACGACGAUCAAUCACCCAUCAAUUCCCCGGACUUGAGUGCGACGACCAUUACCUCACCAGUCACAAACGGUGUCUCUGACAUGCUAGAGAAGCCUGCUCCGGGCCCGUCAGUCCUGCGAGUUACCUCACCCACAAACCCGUCGAAAGCAAAGAAGGAAAAGAUGGCUCCCACAUCCGAGACCGCUGAGACCAAAAAGCAGCGCCAGAACAAGAAGAAGGCUGAAGCCAAGAAGCAACAGCGUGAGGAGGAAGAGCAACAACGAAAGAUCAUGAUGGAGAAGCAACGACGCACUGCCCGAGAGGCUGAGGGCAGAGCUGCAAAGGAUGGAAGCGCGUUCAUGGCCGCCAAGGCACCAUCAUCUUCUGCUUGGACUGGCAAGACUCCUGAUGCUCCCGCAAAAGGAAAGGUCACAUCAGCAAACAACUUUGACCUUCUCGAUACCGACGAGUCCUCAACCACCGCUGACGCUGCUGAGCCGACAGCAGUCAAGUCUGCCGCGAAGCCAAUAGAUGAAGAGAUGUACGCUGAUGGCCAGAUCUGGGGCAGUCAACAGGCUGAGCUUGAGGCUCAGUAUGCGCACAUGAGCUUUGAGGAUCAAGUCCAAUAUGCAACUGAGGCCUCAACUAGGUGGGAGAUUGUCGAGAAGCACAAGAAGAAGAAGGCGGCACAGAGGAACAAGGAGCCGGCGGAGCAAUCUCAAAGUUCGACUGACGAUACUCCCGACUAUGCCCCCCCAAAGCCCAGUGGUCCUUCUGGCCCAGGUCAGAAGUGGGAGGUCACUUCCGAAUUCAUUGACGAGGACGGCAUGUUGCGCGAGGAGAUCAAUGUGACUCAGGACUCGGAAUGGGAGGUCUCAUAA